CCGCGGUGCCCCCACCGCACACGGGUCUGCCCAGUGCACUCGCCCAGGGACGGUGGCCCCAGGAGGGCAGGGACCCCGCCGAGCAGAGGCAGUGCUCAGGCAAUGCCCCCUUGUUUCAUGUUCCUGGGCGGGGCCCAGGCAGGAGACACGGCCUGCAGGAGACACAGGCCAGCUGGGCACUGCGGUGGCCAGGCCUGUCUUCGGGGGAGCAGUGUACACCGGGCCCGAGGCGCUGGGCCUGUAUGGCAGAGAAGGCCCAAGCACGCUGUCAGGACAUUCGAAGGAAGCCGCCGGUCUCCGGGAUGCUCGGGCCCUGGCAGCUGCGGUGGCGUUGGGUGUGCGGCCUCCGAGGGCGGCUCAGAGGGCCGAGAUGAGAGACCGCGUGAGAGGACCCCCGUGGAAAGGUUCCAGGCUGUGUUGACUGCCCCCCACGACCUCACCCUCCGCGAAGUCCCGUCGGGGACACCCCCCGCCCAACACCCUUCCUCCUCCUCCUGCUCCCGCCUCUGCUUCCCGCCCUUCCCCUUCCUUGUCUGUGUCCUCUGCAUGCACCCCUGGGCCCUCCUCAGCUCCCCUCUCUCCCCGAGGCCUUCCCCACCCUCUGUGGGGGGCGUCUCCAUUCCCCCUCGCCUGCCUGAGCAAACCAAACCACUGGCCUUCCCUGCUGGCCCGGCUCCUAUCCGCUCCUUGUCGUUAUUCGGGGGCCACGAGGACAGUGGCCAGUCGAACCCCACAGCCAGGGCGCCUGGAGCGGGUGCCUGCGGAGAGACCCACGCAGCCCCCUGCACGUCGGCAGCAGACCCUCCCUGCCAGCCACGACGCGGGGACAAGCCCCAGGACGAGGACCCAGAGCCGCAGCGGAGCCCCGGGUGUCCCCUGCGGGAGGAGGAGAGCAGCCAGGGGACCCCGAGGAGGAGGCUGGGCGGGAGCCUCAGGGGCCGGCGCCUCGGGACGUGCCCGCCGCAGCACACGACGGAAGCAGAGUCGCCGAGGGCCGAGUGA